GUGUGAGAGUAAGAGGGGAGGGAGAGAUCUAGAGGCAACCAUGUCUGCACUCAAGAGUAUGUAUUAUAUUGGAGGCUUUUCCCUGGCAGCCUAUGUGCUUUGGAAGGUCACAGUGAGGGACCCUGAAGAGUUCCGCAAGAUACUCCCUGAGAAGAAUGAGGUGGACUAUGAGAAUGCAUCCAAAAGGCGCAGUGCAGCGUUCAUGGAAAUAUUGAGGCACUCAGCAGCAGGAAACAGCCCAGAAGAGGCUAUCAAGAAACUCAAGAGUGAUUUAGAGAAAGCUCCCAAAACCUCAUAAGAUUAUAAUAUUUCUCUACCCAGACCUCAUCCCAUACUUAACUUGAAGACCUUAGGACUGUCCUUUAGGUUUUGUCCUAUACUGAUCGUGUGAGGCAGUAAGACCAAGAGAAAUGUAUAUUUAUGUAUGUAAAUCAAAGUUAUAGUAGACUUGAAUGUUAUUAGUUCUCAGGAAGGGUGCUUCUUUGUAAAUAUAGUGUAUAAGAAAUGCCCUGUUGAGAGUUAAACCAAUUCUGCUUUCUUUGUAGUCAUUGUUAUUGUAGAUUAUUUUGGUUAAUGGCUAAGAUAAGCAGAAGCUAAUAACAGAAUUAUCAAGAUUGAGGAAAGGUGAAAUUUAAGCCAGUGAAGUCAGUUUAGUGAAGUUCAAAGAGUGUACAAGAGUUUAUUGAAAGUCAUAUGUCAAAAAGUCCAUCAGAAUCAGAAAUUUUGCUCACUAUUUAAAGGGGAAACAAGACAUACACACAUCUUGAAAGAGGAAUCAUUUAGUUGUGUUGGUGCAUUGAGGCCUCGCCAUGGAUCCCCCUACCAAUUCCAUCCACACUGGGGUACUGGAACGCAUGCAGCGGCGGCAGGAGGAGCGCGAAGAGCGGUCACGGCAGCGGCAGCUGGAAAGGGAAGAGCAGACAGGACUGAGUACUAGUGCUACAGCAGACCAUUUCCUGAAGACCUUCCAAGGGAUGCGUGCUGAUCUGGAGGCACGAGUCGAGGCAGCAGAAGGUGUGGCGGCAGAUGAGCUGACAGAAUACUUGGAUGGCUUGGUGAAGGGUGUCCAGGAGCUCCAGGACUUGCUGAAUGACUCUUCACGGCACUUAGUCUCCUUCCAGCAGAAAAAGGCACAGAAGGAGCUGGAUGAUGCUUCAGCAUGUGUCCAAGCAGCUGUUGCCACCCUCCAGCCCAAGAAAAAAUUUGGGUUUGGCCGCAAAAAAACAGCUGCAAAGAGCGCUGUUCCUCCCAAAAAGCCUGUAAACAAGGAUUCCACUGGAGAACCAGAAAAGGAUGCCCUUGAUAAACUAAUUGAUCGCCAGUUGUUUGGCUUCAGGGAUGAGACUGGCCGUACGCUGACAGUUGAUCCUAAGGAGUUGACUGGCCGGCAGUUGAACCUCCAUAACCUUGUGGAUUGUACUGUAAUUGCUCUGGGCACCCCUGGUGCAAUACAAGCAAUCAGCCUGGACCACUGCAUUGUGCUGGUGGGCCCGGCAGCCCGCUCAGCAUUUAUCAAGGACUGCCGUCACUGUACCUUUGUGUUGGCUGGUCAGCAGAUGCGGAUCCACAACACCUAUGACUCAGACUUUUACCUCCAUGUGACUGGUGCUGCUAUUAUUGAAGGUUGUCGGAAGGUGCGAGUGGCCCCCUACAACCUGAACUACCCAGAGCUUGAGCAGCACUACCUCACCAGUGGCCUUAACACCAAAAUCAACUACUGGGACCAGUUGGAUGAUUUUGAGUGGCUGAAUGAAGAUGAGGAAUCUCCUAACUGGUCUGCUAUGCCUGAGGGUGAGCGCCGCUGUGACUGGCUGGCAUGAGGCUGUAAUGUAAAUUCAACUGUUCCAUUAUGUAAUUUCUAGGAUACACUUCUGUGAGAAAAUAAUGCUCUGACUAGAUGUGUAAAGAUUAAUUGCAAUUCUGUCCAUAUUUUUAUUUCACACAGCAUGACAGCUAGUUAAGGACAAAAUGAAUUUAAUCCAUUUGUCUUAAAAAGCAAGAAAAUGUGAUUGUAAGUGCCAUUAGGAUGUGUGUGUGUAUGUGUGUGUGUGUGUGUGUGUGUGUGUGUGUGUGUGUGUAAAUUUUACUCAUGGUUUAGAGAAUUGCAUGCAUUAGUUGUUAUUUACUCAUAGGGUUCAUAAUAUAGUCCAGUGUAUGGAUAAAGCACAAAGAGAACUUACUGCAUCUUUAUGAGUGACUUCUGCAAUCCUAGCAGGGCACAAACCUUAGCCUGCCAAGUGACUGACAAAGAUGCCACAGCCAGCAAGGUCUUUAAAUCUGCUUUAUAUGUGUGUGUGUGUGUGUGUGUGUGUGUGUGUGUGUGUGUGUGUGUGUGUGUGUGUGUGUGUAGUUCUUACUAAGUGGUAUUUAGUUAAAAUAACAAAAUUCUGAGCUAAGGGAUGAUAGAAUUAUUGUUUAAUAUUUCUUUUCACCAGAAAUGCUAAAAGAACGAAUGAAUGUUUUAGAAAAUUAAGAUAUUGGAGUGAUCAGCUGCUGCAUUUAGCCUCCUUUUACCUCAUUGGCAGUUGGUAAAGGAAAGAAAGUAAUAUGCAACUUUGAAUGACUUGCAGGUAAGACUGAUCUGCACCGAAAUCGGCUGCAUUUAAUCUUCUGUACAUAUGUUAAUAUCUGAAAGAAAAUGUUUCGGUCAUGUACCCGUGGCACUACAUCAAAGACAUCCUUCAUAUCAGCCAGACAAUUGUACCGCCUGAUGUAUCUUAAAGGCACCUGCUUUAUAAACAGUUUAUGUGAUGCAAGUUAAUGUUAAAAACGUUAGACGUGUGUGUGAGGUACUAAUAAAACCAGGUCCUGAAGCACCAUACUAUAUGUGAAACUAUUCUAAAACGCUAAGACGAGGCUGGCUACUUUUCCCUCAGUGAAAAUAAAAUGAGACAAGAUACAAGCA